AUGAGUUUUUGUGCAAUUUUUGAGACUAAAAACAAGUCAACCGUGAAUUCUGACGAAACGGCUUCAUGUGGUUGUUGUGGAUGUCUUUCAUGCUUCGGAUCCAAAUCUUCGCCCAAAUACGUGUCCGCCGCCGCCGCCGAUACCGAUGCCGAUGAGGACAAGUAUGAGAAGGAAAAGAAAACAUAUAAUAAAAAACAAACAAAAUCCGAGCAAAUUGUUAGACAACAACAACAACGACAACAACAACAACAGUAUCAACAAAAAGAAGAAGAAGAAGAGGUGGUGGAAGAAGAGAAAAUCAAUAGUGAAGACAAUAGUAAAUAUAGAGGACAUCAAUAUAUUCAACAACAGGUUUACUAUCAAACUGUACAACAAAAACAAGAGAUAAUAGUGGAAGAAGAGCUAUCAGUGGACAACAAAUCACAGCAUGAAAUGCAUGAAAUUCAGGAGAUAUCAGUGAAACGGGAGAGUCCGUCACCGCAAAGUAGUAGUAGAAGUCCGGCGAUUAUCAAUGAGACGGCCAGUGUGUCCGAAUCGAUCGGUUCGAACAGUACAGUGGCCGAUAUGAUGACCGGCUGUUCAUCGAGAAGCGGUUCGUCCAGAAAAGUCGGCUGGAGAUCAAAGACAUGGAAGGGCCAGAAAGAUACGAGCAAUGAGGACAAUGAGAUGAAAAGUCCGGUCAAUUAUCCGCGCAAACACUCGCUAACAGUGCCGGGAGAGCCGCGACACUUCAGGCAACUUCAUAGACGAGAGUCUGGCAGCCGAUCGCCCAUUGAUUCGAGUUAUAGCGGCAGAAGUCCUUCCGAAAUGAGUACUCCGAGUCCCAGCUGUAGUAAUAGCAUAAAUGAAGACCAUUCUGCCUCAUCGUACGGUUCGGGUACCGGAUUGGCCAUAGAGUUGGCCAGAAAAUGUACUUUAAGUGCUGAUAGCCUACUAUUGCAUACCGGUAUCAACAGCGAUGAAAGCGGUGCGUCGGGAGUGAGCGCUGAGGAGACCAAUGAUAGCCAAUGUAAGUCAUCGCUUAAGCCAUCAUUUUGUAAUACAAUUGGUCAGCGAAGGAUCAGCACUAGUAUUAGCUCAGAUAGGAUUCAUCAACAGUCAAAGAGCGAACAAUUGAAAAAUAGACGAAGUGUUUCACCAAAAAAAUUUACGUCACGUAAGCCCCAGACGACAACACCCGAUACAACUGAGCCGACAUCGGCGGCUGAACCGGUUGGUAGCGGUUCGGGAUCGUCAUCAACAUCACGUCGACGAAAGGGCAGUAUGGCGUUUGUCAGUACCGGCAAAAUAGCCAAACUAUUGCGACGGACGCACAGCGCCGGCUGCUCUAAGGAUGUGCCCUCUUAUGCCCUGUUCCUCAGCGAGAAGCCAACCCGCUCCGGUGAUGGAAAGGAGCACCAGAAAAGAGGCCGGAAACAGGCGCCUGCAUUAGAAGAUAUGAAACAAAGAUUAAGAUUUCUUCGGAGACGACAUACAGAUUCAUCUAUUGAAUCAUCGGUUCGGCCGUCAAAAGAUGAAUUGGACAAAUGGGCCAACUCUUUCAUCGACCUCAUGAGCAGUAGAUAUGGAAGUGCAUUAUUCCGUGCAUUCCUGUCGCGUGAGUUCAGCGAAGAGAACAUCGAGUUCUGGAUGGCGUGUGAAGAGUUCAAGAAGUGUCGACAAAGCAAACUCAGCCAAAAGUCUCGCAAAAUAUUUGAUGAUUUUCUCGCCGUUAAGGCACCCAAAGAGGUUAAUUUGGAUCCAAAAUUAAGGACAGUUAUUAUGCAAACUUUGGCCACACCGGCCCGCAAUAUGUUUGACUUGGCUCAGCGCAAAAUUCAGGGACUACUAGAAUCGGACGCCUACCUACGGUUCCUACAGUCGGAACUAUACAAGGAUCUGAUAAUAAGCCACGAAACUACUACAACAACAACAACAUCACCAACAACUACAACAACCACCAACACUACUACUACUACUACAACGACGGUGACCAACGAAACGAUUGCAAAAUCACCGCAACGGCCAAUAGUGGCUGAAUGUGAUGAUAGUUGAAGUGAUAGUUUUAGGCACAACAACAAUAACAACAAAUU